AUGCUUUUCGGUUGCGCGACUCCUCCCAUUCAACUCACUAGCUCCAUUUACCGUGCUCCGAUGGGUGAAGUCGACGAUCCUUCUUACUGGAUGGACGUUGCCUGUCAGCUGAACCUGUUCAGCCAGUUGCUGCUUCCUUACUUCAGCACUCCUGUCUUGCUUCCCCCGAAUCCCAAAAAGUUAACGUCGCAUUUUAUUAAAGAUAUUCUGGACAUACCUUCUCAGGACAUCGAGAUCGACGACUUUGGCAGAUUGCGUAAGAGUUUGAACAACUUAUUAUUCAAGAAAAACAGCAAGUGUUGUAUAGUAUGGGGAACGAUCGAUAGCCCUCUUUUAGUAGUAAUAUAAUAUAUUUGUCUUACAAUAAAUAAAUAUACACAACUUAAAUACUAUACAAAAAAUCUAGAACAAUAAUUAAUUGGGGUAAAAACAAUGUAGGCCAAUAAAGGGUUCUACGCAGGAACAAUAUACGGUAGCGCGCACAUUCAUUGUGUGUAGAUUUACGGAGAUUCCGCAUUCCGCAACAGAAAAUUUACAGGUACGGCUGUUUAUCCUUCAGAUGACUCAAGGAAAAAGAAGAAAAAGGCAAGAACAACUUUCAGCGGGCAGCAAGUUUACGAGCUUGAAAAGCAGUGAGAUCAAAUAUUUAAAAAGGAAAUUAAUUUUUGUAAUUUUUGUAAUAAAGAUUCGAGACGAAAAAGUACCUUUCCAGCGCUGAGCGAAGUGAGUUGGCGAGACGUCUAGGAGUCACCGAAACACAAGUAUGAUUUUACUUUCCUUCUCGAGGUAUUUCUUUGUAUUUAUUAUUCUAAUCAUUCGGUCUCGGCGUCGUAUGUCCUCGCUGUGUUUUCAGAAGAGUCAAAAAUUUUAUUUUACGUCAAAAAAUACAACUUUAUUUCAUUUUUUUAUUCGAAGUUUCUGAUUUUCACUCGAAAUUCUCUUCCUCACCAAUUUUCGAAAUCGAUUUUUUUAAGACUAAAAGUAGGGAAUAGCUAUAGGUUAAGCCAGCUCUCUUACGUAUACAGAAACUCAAAAGAACAGUGACUUUUUUUUCAGGUAAAGAUUUGGUUCCAAAACCGACGAACAAAGUGGAAGAAGCUGGAGUUGGAGAAGGACGACGAAGCGAAAAAGGACGGCGGAGUGACUCGCUGA